UGUCAUCUGGUGUGAAGACAUCGAUUUUCCCACCCAGGAAGCCUCGGAAAAGUGUCAAUUGCACUCCAAUAUGACUCCUGAUUUGGCUGGGAUGUGAAUUUGUGAAGUGUGAGUGUGGCCGGAGGCGAAUGGAAUUGUAUUUCUCAAAUGUGAUUACAAUGAAAUAUGCUGCUGCGGUGCUUAAAUGAAUUUAUUGGGCGGAAUACGGAAGGAUUGUGAGACUCUCGAGCAUACACCAGAGGAAAGUUUUCAAUUACCAGCGACGAUGGCAACGACAGUUCAACCUGGGCUCAGAUCGGGAGGUCUGCACCAUGCAUCGUCCCUCGGCAAUAUAGAGGCUUCGUCGAAGGGUUAUCACCACUUCCUGGGACGGAGCUACGAUUCCGAGGAUGAGAACAUGGGACGAACGAGAGCGCACACCACAUCGACUCACUUCCUGAAGACAUCGAUCUACUCCAGAGGGGACAUUAAAGAGCAAUAUUGUCUCUCAGACAGACAAUUGAGCUCCAUCGAGCCGCCGCGCAGGGAAAGAUUUUUCGGUUGUUGGUCAGGAAGAGGAGCCCCUCAGUCCUUUCUGGGCGUCUGUGUGGGCCGAAGAGCGCCAUCAGAUGAGAACAUCCACGAUUAUGCGCCAAUCUACAAGUAUCCCAGGUACCCACCGCCGGGCCCCGUGCCUCAUGACGUCCUCCUGUACGAUGAGGACCUCGAGAACUCGUACUUCCGACGACGGCCCACGUCCUUUCUCACUGGCGGCGAUCCUAAGCGCUAUACCUGGAUGCCCGCCGACGAGGAGGCGGUUCGUCUCGAGGGCCCCCGUCCCAUCUGCCCCGAGGACGACUUCAGAGGACCGUACGUGGUGGGGUCGUACCCGCCCAAGGAAAGCGCGUUCCUCAGCCAAAGCACGGAACAUCUGGCAAGAAUGUAUCAGUGUCCGACUCAUAUUGGAAUUCCGCCCCCACCUCCGCCGCCCAUUGUGCCUACGGACGGGACAAUUCUUGGUGCUCCGAGGACGAAACAUGUGAGCUUCGCCCGAUCACACACCCUCACCUCCUUCGACGAGGCCAUGGGCAUGAGGCCGCUGUCCCGGAUGGGCAGCACGGCGACCCGCAGCCAGGAGCGCCUGAUCGGGGGCAAGAAGCCCACCAUCACGCUGUCUGCUCAGCAGCUGCCGCCCACGCACCUCAUCCUGCAGCCGCCGCCGCAGCCCCAGCCGCCGCCCCCGCAGGAGAUUGUCGUGGUGGAAAAAAUCAAGAGGGGCGCAAUGAAGACGCAAGCCACCCAGACGGAGGUUUGCCUCGGCAAGAAACCACUGCCGCCACACCAUUUAUCUCUCAGUCCGCGAACAAUUCACCGAGUGCGAAUGGUGUCUCAGGGAGCGCAGACGAAUGGCAUGAACGGCCGGACGAAGCUGACGAAGAGCCUGUCUGAAGCGGCAACGAGGCUGGGGGUGGGAGUAUCACCCACGUCACCUCUGGAAGUGCCGCAGUCGCCUGGGGAUCACGAGCCGCUGCAUCGGACGCAAUCAGAGGAGCCGCCCAGAUCGCCUUUCAGUCUCACCACGCCAACAGGCCACUUCCAAGACAUGCACUCGAGGACAUCGUCGCGUCUGAGUCAGAUUGAGACGUCGAGGAGUGACAUGUUCUCCUCCGAGAACAUCUUCACGCACUCCAGGAAUCACUCUCAGGACAGCGCGGUGACGUCCAAGGCGUCUCAGGACAGCAUCUCGAUGGCUUUCGAGCCAGCGGUGGCGAGGCAGGCACAGCUGGAGCCUGUCCACCAGCAGUGGGACUACGAGACUCACAGUCUGCCCAGAAGAACGUGCAUUCACCACAGAGGAGAGGAGCGCACCAGCACUCUGCCCCGGAGAGAGCAUCAGCACCAUCCGUGCGGUCAUGUCACGAUUGGCAGCACGGAGCUGCUGAAUGGUGGAAGCGGUGUUAUCCCGGAGAGCAUCCUCAAAGGCAGGAGGAGCUCAAUGGCCAGGGACAGCUCAACAGAAUCCAACGCCCCAUCCGAGCGUCUUUCUCGUCGGAUGUCGUCGUACACUCCAGUUCAAGAAACGCACAUGCAACUCAGGAGAGCCUCACAUCACGUCAUCUCGCCGGAAAUUCACUCACUAUCCAGAAAAGCCCCAACGAAGCAGCCGAUAACGUCAGAAGAAGCCUGCUCGACGUGCGAAUCUGAGAGCGACUCCAGAACUGACCGGGAAGAGAAGGAGAUCUUUAUAGAUUUCAAGCCCAACAUUUCGCCAAUAUCUAGUCCUAUGGCCAGGAAGAAGCGCCUGCAGAAAACCCUGUCCGAAGGAGAGAUCCUGUUUGAGAAGCGAAGGGAGAGCAAUAUGGAGGCACUGGCAGCAAUGUCAGCAAGCGAUGAGGAUCUGAAUACUCAGCUGGAGAGGGAGAACCUCAAAGAGCAAUAUCAAUACCGAUCCUCACCCAUCAAGGAUGAGGGGAUCUGCAAUAAGCAAAACCUACUGACCAUUCCCCACGCUGAGAAGACCCUCAGAUACACUAAAGAGUCAUUCAGGAAGCGAUCCAUCAGUCUCGAAGAUCCGUCAAUUCAGGAAGCUGGAUUGUCAGGAAUGGGAACUGCAAAAUCCACUCCACCUUCACCUUGUCCGGAUGAACUUUCUGUCCAUGGACACUCGACUUUUCCAUCUUCAGACUCCAUUGCGGCGGAUCUGACGUCGAGAGAUCAUUCUGAUGGCAUCUGGAAUGAGUCUCAGAUCACAGUGCUGACCAAUGAGCAAAGCCCGUCGGACUCCGGACCGUCUCUGCUGACUCCAACUUCUCGGCGGAAAAACUUGAUUCUGCAGCACCAGCAGAGGAGCUCCAUGGACACUGAGGCACUGGAUCUGGAACAGGAGACGGACCAGACUCCGGUCGUGGUGACGAUGGCAACAGCAAUGACACAAACAUCGAGCUCUGCUCUACCGAUUGAGGUGCUCUCGAAGGCCUCUUGGGCAGGUGGGCGCUCGUCGAUGAGCAUGAGUUCGACGGUUGUGGGACCCACACCUUCCAUAGCAGUGACACCGUCGCUCAGCAUGGAACAGGAGGAGAAGAGUCCGAAACUCGAGAUAAGACGCACUUCGAGAACACUCUCGCCGUCGCUGAGGCGCGAGAUUCGAAAGUCCAGCCUCCAAUUUGAGAUAUCGCCGCACACGAUUCACAAAAGACAGGAAUCUCCGGAGCAACACAGCACUGAUUUGGCCAGUAAGAUGGAAAUUUGCAAGACCAGCACAGAUAUAUCUGAAGGCAGCACUAAUACUGAGGAUUACAUCACCUGCACGGACAACUCGAAGCGCGCUCAAGGUAUAAAAAUGUCAGGAGCUAGUUCUUCAUCGACCACACAGGUUCCAGCUCAAAGCUCCCAGACGGCGACAGUGCAGGACGGCUCGUCCUUCGAGAGCGCCUCAUCCAUAUAUAGUCUGGCACGCGGUGACGCUGUCUGCGACGACACUGUUGCAGUGGAUGAGCAGAAACUCAGCCCAACUCCAGCUCAUGCCAUGAAGCUAUCUCCAGCUCACUCAGUGAGCAGCAGCUCCUCGGGAAGCUACAGCCUGAAGGAUUUCACCAGAGCAAAGACGUCACCGUCAAGAACAUCCAAACCGGGAGCAACGCCGAAACCGAAGCCCGAGUCUAUUUCAGAUGAUGAGAGAAGUGAGAAGAGAUAUUCCAGUUCUGGCUACUACGAAAGCCCCCACGAUGAUGGGGCGGAGGUGAAAGUGGUCAGAGGGAGACGAAGGAACGACUGGAAUGACGAGGAGAGAAGGCGCAAGAAAGGCGCUCUGAAGCUGGAAUUUGAGAAAGACGCUCCAGUGGAGAAGAGCUUCACCUCUCCUCAUCCAAAACCUGGUGCGGCAUUUAAGCAAAUCAGUCCUGAUGACAGAACAGCCUUAAACAUCCUGGAUGGCACGAGUCCCAGCAAAGCCAAGAGAUUUCGCCCAAAGACUAGAAGAUCCCCGAGGAACCGAAGUGCUUCAGGAGAGGACACCCUUAUUCGCAGGAUCAAAACACCCGUGAUACGAAGUCCGGAACAAACCCCAGCCAUGCAUGUGGCAAGCAAACACAGCCCGUCCAAGUAUCCAACGAUGUCGCCUCACCAGCCUUACAGUCCUGGCGGAUCGCCGCGAAAGCACAAGGAUCCCUCGCCAGUGAAGCGCCUCAAGGCGCUCUCAACUGAGUCCCUCCGAUCCGUCUCGCCGGGCUCCGAUUCUGUCUUCUACAGCGAGGCGGAUGCGAUGUCUGAGCACCAGGUUCACUGCCACCACUGCGGCAAGGAGGUGGAGAUCAUAACGGCCGCCGCGGAUUCGCAGGAGUCUCUGGGCGCCGCCGAGGAUGAGCGAGCAGAGAUUGUGCAGCCUCCGGCGGGAUUUGCGGAUUCCCCCGAUGGCAUCAGGGCUCCGCAUCACACGAGGCUGUACAAGAAGUUAGACAAGAGAUUUCGGUCAGAGGAGCGACAUGGAGAUCGCCGGCACUACAGGAACAGAACGGACACCAGGGCCAAGAGUGAGGAGCGAGGGAAGGAUGAGGUUCCCAAGAGUGUCCUGCGUCCGGCUGGAUCGAGUCCCUGUGUCGUGCCUUCGGAUGAUUUCAAUCCGAGGGAAGUGGAUCCUGAGCAAGGCAUUUAUCAUGGAUUUUACCGACUAGGAACGUGGAUUUGCAUCGCCAAUCGGGAUGUCUGGAGGCGCCACGAAAUACCCUCAAUGGAAGUGAGAUUCUCAGAUCAGGCUCGGGACUACUCAGAGCGCAGAGGCUCCACGGAAUCAGAGAAGGAUUUCAGGAAGAAAUAUCAGGCCAUCACUCAUCGCCUUGUUCAUCGCAGAUCAUGUGUUGAAAUGUACCGGCGACAGAGCAUCAACAGCUUCGGUGAGUUGACAUUCUUGGCACUUUCCCUGUCGAGCGAAUGCGGAAAAGCCAACAGUUUAUCCCUAGUGCUGAAAUACCUCAGCGUAAUUAUGUCACGAGAGUCUCGUGAGGAUUUUCCCCAGAAUGCGCUUCACCAUUUGUGUUUUUGUCUCAUAUUCUUCAAUUUCGCUGCCAUUGCGAAAAAUCCGUCAACAGCAAUCAUGUUGGAUAUUGCAAUGAUCGCCUCGUCGAGUUCUCCUGACUCCAUUCGGGGGCGCCUCGAGGAGAUUUUCAAGCUAAUGCUAAUGAUAUGGGCACGACAGAGCGUUGCGAAUAAAAUCAUAUCCGGAGGCAUGAGUGAGACGGAUAAGACGGUGGUGGUGUGUCGCGACUCUGGGGAGUUUGGCUUCAGGAUUCAUGGCUCGAAGCCCGUCGUGGUGUCGGCCAUCGAGCCGGACACGCCGGCUGAGUCGUCGGGCCUGGAAGUUGGCGACAUUGUGCUGUCGGUGAAUGGCAUUUCUGUGAUCGACAAGAGUCACUCGGAGGUCGUGAAGAUCGCGCACGCGGGCAGUGACACGCUGGAGCUGGAAGUGGCCAGGACAAUAGGCAUGCUGUCGGCCAACGGAGCGGACAACGCGGCGAUCUACUCAGGAUACCUCCUGAGGCAGAGCGGUUACGCCAGCGGAAGUGUCAACACUGCCAAGUGGGUCAGGCGGUGGUUCACUCUCAGGCCAGAUCACUGUCUCUACUUCUACAAGACGGACGGGGACUCUCAGCCGGUGGGCGCAAUUCUCCUGACCAAUCACAGCGUCGAGCACUGCUCAGGGAGUGAGAUUGGGAAGCCCUUCGCCUUCCGGAUUGACGGACCCGAGGCGCCGCCACUCUUCCUCGCCGCGGACAGUGAGGAAGCCGCCAACCGUUGGGUCGCCGUGAUGAGUCACGCGUCGCAGCAGAGUGACCCGUGGCUGGAGGUGAGCACGCGCAAUCUGCGUCUGUCACCCAACUGCGUGCCGCGGCCCGAUUGCUUUGGGUAUCUGCUGAAGCUGGGCAGUCGCUGGCGCGCCUGGUCGAAGCGCUAUUGCGUGCUGAAGGACGCCUGCAUGUACUUCUACCACGACGGCAACAGCAAGAGCGCCUUCGGCAUGGCCUGUCUGCAGGGCUACCGUGUGCAGCCGACGAGCACGGCCGGGGGCAAGAAGUACGCUUUCGAGGUGGCACCGCCAGAGCCCAAGCUCAGGCAUUACUAUUUCUCCACCGAAACGGAAAUGGACAAGAAGAGAUGGGUUGCAGCGCUCGAGUACUCCAUCGACAGGUGGAUGAAGGCAGGCUAAUGGACUCACCAUUCAUCGUGAUUCGCGUCGUCUUUUGCAAAAAUGAGGGAAGAAUGAUUUCUAUGGAUGCAUUUUUGGGUUUUUGCGUCGUUGGUAGAAUAUUUCAAUGUAAUAACUUUAGAGGAAUCUUAGAUAUUUGUCGUUAAUGUUGACGUAGUGAAUCAGAGGGAAUGGUUGAAAAUAUCUCAUCAUUCUAUGGAAAAUUACAUACGAAAAAAAUGGGAAUACGAAUUCGUGACUUUGUCUUAUGCGAAAAUCUAAUUUGUUACAAUUAAAUGGAAUGAUGCUCAAGGAAAGAGAGAAAAGGAAAAUCACAAAAAGUAGCACUGACCAUUAUUCAAAUUUAAUGCAGACGAGAAGGCAGAAGAAGUGAAGCUGAAAAUAGAGUAAUAUAUAUAUAUUUUAAAUGUUAGAGCUUUAAUUCUAACUGUAAAAUAUAUUUUUUAAUAAAAAGAAUGAUAUAAAGAUAAACUAAAUAAAUGGUGAAAGGACCAUAAAUCAAUAUUAAUAAAGGGAGGAAUUAUUUGAAAAAUUCAUUUACACUUUCUUUCUCAAUUGUUAAUGUUUACCUCAGAGGAAAAUGACGAGAUUGAUGUCCAAAAAUUUAUACAAGAUGAAAAAUUGUUGACAUUAUUUCAUAUCAAAGCACAAAAAUUAUGCUAGAUAAAUAAAAAACCAUCUAAAUAUUAAUGAGAAAAAAGAAAUUACGACAUAAUUUGUUAUGAUUGUACGUGAAUGUUCUAGUCGAAUAAAUUUACGGGAAGUCACUCGAAGUGCUUUUAUGGUCAGUUGGUAAAUAUAGUUGGUGUGAAAAGAUGUGUAGAAUUAUAUCAUUUUCUAAGUGGUUUUUAUGUUAUUCCCCUUCGGUAAAAGCACAAUUACAUUUUUAAAAUUAAACCAGAGAGAGGAAAUCGCUCAAUAAACAACAAAGACUAAAGAGGAAAAAUUAAAUAUAUAGAGAAAUAAAAACGAAAGCGUAAAUUAUUAGAAAAGAUAUACAAGAAAUCUACCGAAGAAUAAGAAUAUUCCAAAGAAAUAUUAUUAAUAAUAGGACUUACUUGAAUGAAUAACCCCAAAAGAGAGUUGAAGGAGAAGAUGUUGUCGUGUAAGAAAUAUAUCUGUAUUACUACCUAAGUGUUAUUAGUACGCCAAGAGACAAAGCAAGACACACAAUUACAUUAAUGUUCUGUCGAUGAGAUUCAAAAGGUAAUUAAUUAUGUAACUUGAUAGUUGUGGCAGAUUCAUAGCAAAGAAGUUUAGAAAGAAAGAGUGAGAGAAGACGUAAAUUUUGGGUGGUAUUCACCCCUUUUGUUAUAUCGCGUAGGAAAAUCGUGAUGGUGUGAAGAAAAUACACAUUCGUUUUGAUGAAUAUUUAAAUUUUAUGUAGAGAACUUUUAUUAGGUGAAAAGACAAAUGGGACAGAAUGGAGAGAAGCAUUUAAUCAUCUCUUAUCUCGAUGUCAAGAAUAGACGUCGUGUAUGAAAAAUUUAUUGGUCAGACGAGAGAGAGAGAGAGCAAAUAAAGUUAAAACGAGAAGACAUCUCUUCAACUACGAUGAACUACGCUCACUGCCAAAAAAUAUGUUUGAAAUUUAAGGUGAACAAAAAAAGAAAACUGAGAAAAAGGGAGAAAAUAUAAUAAAUCCUAUUAAAUUA